GUUCGCGAAACGUCAAACGUCUGUGUCAUUCACAGGCACAGACAGUUUCAGUCAGUCACUGCCAACCAGCAGCGCAGAAAAGAAGGGCCAUCACAAAAGCGCAAAAUAGCAGCAGCAGCCAGCGAGCCAAUUUUAAAGGCAAAAGUGCGAACCCGUGUCCCGUCAUCAGCAGCCGUCGUCGUCGUGUGUGUGUGUCCGUGUGUCUCUUGGUCCGUCGCGGUCGGUUCGGUCAGUGAAUCAAGCAAGCAAAAAGAAGAGGAAGCAGCGAAAAAUGUCUUGAAAAAAAGACAUCGAAGGAAAAAAAAGUCGCUCUUUCGCUGCCUUGCGCCAAUUAGGAAAUGUGUAAUGUUUUUUAAAAUUGCUGUUCAAGAAUGCCGAUACAGGCGCCCCAAUGGACCGAGUUUCUCAGCUGUCCGGUCUGCUGCAACGAGUUUGCGGCGAACCUGCGCCCGCCCAUCAGCCUAGGAUGCGGCCACACGAUCUGCCGCACCUGCCUGGCCACCCUGCACCGGAAGCAGUGUCCCUUCGAUCAGACGAUUAUAACGACAGAUCUAGAUAAUCUACCGGUGAACAAUGCGCUGCUCCAGCUGGUCAGCACCAGCAACACCGCGGUCAGCAGCCCCGGGAACAAUGGCAAUGGCGGCAGCAGCAGUAGCGCCAGCUCAUCGCUGGGAUCGUCCGCCGAUCCGGACCUGUGCUCGCCGAGCGUGCAGAACCUGUGUCCGGACGAUCUGCAGUGCUACAAGAUUGCCCGGGGCUGUAUCGAGGAGCUGGCGCUGUACCUGAAGCCGUACCCGAACGGGAACGCCGGUGGACUUCUGUCGCGUCCGAUGCAGCGCAAACUGGUCACCCUGGUCAACUGUCAGUUGAUUGAGGAUGAAGGACGUGCGCGAUCGUUACGUGCCGCUCGCUCGCUAGGCGAACGAACGGUCACCGAGCUGAUCCUGCAGCAUCAGAACCCGCAACAGCUGAGUACGAACCUGUGGGCGGCCGUGAGGGCACGGGGCUGUCAGUUUCUGGGGCCGGCCAUGCAGGAGGAAGUGCUGAAGCUGGUGUUGCUAGCGCUGGAGGAUGGAUCGGCGUUGUCGCGGAAGGUGCUGGUGAUGUUCGUGGUGCAACGGCUUGAGCCGCACUUUCCGCAGGCUUCCAAGACUAGCAUUGGGCACGUGGUACAGCUGCUGUACCGGGCCAGCUGUUUUAAGGUGUCCAAGCGGGAGGGUGAUUCGUCGUUGAUGCAGUUGAAGGAAGAGUUCCGUACUUACGAGGCGUUGCGACGGGAGCACGAUGCACAAAUAGUACAAAUUGCGACUGAAGCGGGCCUCCGGAUAGCGCCGGACCAGUGGUCCUCGUUGCUGUACGGCGACACGGCCCACAAGUCGCACAUGCAAAGCAUCAUCGACAAGCUGCAAACGCCGCAGUCCUUUGUGCAAUCCGUGCAAGAGUUGAUCAUCGCCCUGCAGCGAACCGGCGACCCGGCUAACCUGUCCGGGCUGCGGAUGCACUUGAAGCAUCUCGCCGGGAUCGAUUCGAACGCCGAAAAUCAUGUGCCAACGUGGCGCGAGUGCUCCACAGCGCUGGAAGCGGUCAAGCGGGUCGUUAUAGGCCUGGUUGACUUUGUACAGCACCACGGCAACCGGAAGAUGCAGGAACCGGGCCACCUAGCUCACAAUAGCAAGUAUAAAAUUAGCCUUUGCCGCGAUCUGAAUCUCCGGGGGACGUGUCCGCGUGGUCCGAACUGUACCUUUGCCCACUCGGAAGAGGAGCUGGAAAAGUACCGCACGAAGCUACGGACCAAGAACAUCCGUACGCCAAACGGAAAAGACCACGUCGGCGUCGGCGAGUACAUGGGAGAUCUCGGAAUGCCAUCCGGGUCGCAGCACGGCGGAUACCAUUCGUCCGGCGAGGAAGCUUCGCCAUUGCGUUAUCCAAAGUCAACGCCUCCAAUGCGAUACCUAGACAAAUCACCAAUGAGCAGUCACAGCCAUGCCAGCCAUGGCAGCAGUAGCAAUAGUAACAGUAGUCACAAUAGUCACCUAGCACCGAUCCCGGCCCCACCUCCGCCGCAUAUCCAGCCUCAUCAUCCUUCCUCCUAUCCGAACGUGCCACCCCAGCCAUCGCCACUUCAGCAGCAGCACGGUGCCAACGGAGGACGAAGUUUCAACUUCAACCCCAGCAUGCCGUACGGCGCACGACCUCCGCCCCCACCGAUGCAACCUCCGCCUUCCGUACGGGGAAACUUCAUCCGACCGCCGAACGGAAACUACAACAUGGGCCAUCAUCCACCGCUGCCACCCAUGCCGCACAACGGACCGAUGCAAAACCAUCAUACAUAUCCCGGCAGCGGUGGCCAACCAGUUCCUCCUCCCCAACUCGAACAGAUGCAUCCGCCGCCCCCUCCACCACCCAUGCUGAACGCUCCACCACCGCCGUACCUAGGCCAGGGCUAUCCGAACGAAUACCCAAACACCGCCGACAACAACAACAAGAUGGACCAACGGCGCCAGUUCAACCCGUGGGACACCCAACAACCUCCACCCCAACAGUCCGGCCAUCCCGCUCCACCGCCAGUUAACAUGAUGGGCCACCAAACACCCAAAUCCUACCACCCGCAGCCACCUCCGCCGUCCAUGAUGGGCAAAGUUGGCCACAUGCCUCCGCCGCCGCCGCAGCACCAUCCACUGCCUCAGCAACAACAACAACCGCCACCUCCGUCGUUGGUACCACCUCCCCCGCAGCAACACCAACAACAAUCCCAUCCCAACGCGGGUAAAUUCUACCCCACGGCAGGAAACGGUCCGCUACAUCACCACGUCGCCGCAGCCGCCGCCGCCAAACAACGUGACUACCGCGAAAAGCACCACAACGGAGGUCGACACAUGCCACCGCACGGUGGCCACUCCCAGCAGCAGCACCAACCGCCCCCCGUCGCUGCCUACGGCAACGGAAACCGCAGCAGUAUGCACACGCCCUUGCCGCAGAAUCCGACGCAGACGACGCCGUCAAGCCAAACCAGCAACGGCGGAACCAUGAUGAACGGCUACCACGGCGGAAGCGCGUUCCCGUUCAAUCGUAGCGAGGCCCAGGAACUGUUCAAAAUUCUCGGCUCGAGCAACGCGGCCGAGCUGGCCCAAUUCGCCACGAUGGCCGGUGCCGUGCAGGACAAAUUCGUUCGCUCGGACUCGCUGCUAGCGGACGACGAUCUGGUCAUCCCGGAGAACGACUACUCCAGCGCUGGCGGCAGUGUCACGGGCGCCAAGUUCGGUCCCAUUUCCCGUAUGACCAACAACCUGCUGGGCAGCGGCGCCGGCAAGCAACGCGGAGAGUUCCCCUUCGCCAGCAGUCUGCUCGAUGCGGACUGGCUGCAAAACCUGCAGCACCAUCUGUACAACGAUUCCCUCGGGGAGCAGUCUUCGUCCAACUGUUCGUCCACCUCGUCGUCAUUUUACCAAAACUCGCACCCGAACCAGCAGCAGCAGCAACUUCCGGUGAGCGCGGCUCACACCAACAGCAAACAGCACGAACCCAACAACAACACCCUCGAUCUGGACCUGUUCCAGGUCGAUCGCAAACUGGCCGACUACGGAACCGGCGCCGACAAUCAAUCGAACGUUACAUCACAACUGUUACAUCAUCACCAGCAGCAUCAGCAACAACAAUCCCAACACCAUCCCCAGCACACGAUGGCGGCGGCCGCGGCAGCUCUGCUGUCAUCACAUCACCACCAUCAACAGCAGCAGCAACAGCAGUUUGCCCAGCAACAUGCGGCGGCACUGCAGCAGCAGCAGCAGCACGUGAUGCAAAAGUUGCAGAGUGUGCUCGCGGAUCCGGUUCAGCGGUUCAGCGAUCUGAUGGUAAACGGCGGCGGUGGCGGAGUGCAAAGCGAGCUGAAGAUUCACAGCCUGAAGGAUCUGAAGGCUCAGCAGACGAUGUCAUCGUCCGGGUUGUCGCCGGUCGUCGUCGUUCCUACGUCGUCAUCCAUCGGCGGUGGCGUCUCUUCGGGUUCGCCGUCCGCGGCGUCUUCCGGUGCGGUACCGCCGCCGGCGGUAACCUCCACACCCCUGUGGAACAAUCUGUUCGAUCUGUCGGGCAUGAAGCAGCGCGAUCGGCAGCACGAGGGGGGCGACCUGGUCGGUGGCGCCACCUCCUCCUCGGACAGUGGCAAUUUGAGCGGGAGCACGGCGGGGCUCAACAGCAGCACGACCAGCAGCAGCAUGAGCAACAGUCACAACUGUAACAACAACGAGGACUCGUACGAGGCUGGCAUCGCGGACGACAUGCGCGAGUUGGCACUGCGGCUCGAGUCCGAGCUUAACAUUAAUUAGGAGGAGGACGGUGGCCAACCAACCAAACACACACACACUCAUAGGAUUAACACGUACACACACAUGCAUACACUUUGACUGAUUGUGAUCAACAUCUCCUAUAGAAGAAGAAGAGGAAGACGAUAAAAACGCGAGGGAAAACCGAAGAGAAAAAAUGGGAGAGAAAAGAGUUAUAUUCAUAUUUCAUUAAAUGAAAUCCAAGAUCGCGAGAUACCAAUUUUAAAAAUUAUUAACGCAAAGUGCGCGAAAACAAAAGCGAUUAACGCGGCGUCGCGACGUCACCUCUCGGCGUCGCCUGUGUAGACACACUAUAUUAUUCAAUGUUUGUUUUAGAAACUUUUCUUUUCUGUUUUGCAGAAAACGUGUGUUUUUAGAAUAUAUAAUAUAUAUUUUUUCGGAUCGAAACAAAACUGCUAUUUAGGGGGAGAGAGAUGAAGGAGAGGGAGAAGAAGUGAAAGUUACUCAGCAAGAUAGGAGAAGGAGGAGAGAGAAGAAGCAGCAGGCAGAGAAGGUUAGGAAGGACGUAGGAAAGAACCCGUUUUCUAGGAACUUCAAGUAAAAGAAUUAGCUAAUAUAUACAAAAUGGAAAGUAACACACAUUAUACAUAUAUACAAGAGAGAGAAAAAAAAACUCGUUUUUUUUUUCCUAGAAUCGUGCGCUGACAGUAAAGAGAAACAGAACAAUAGAGAGAGGGAGCGUAGCAACGCAACUGUCAAACAAACACACUUUAAAGCAAGCAAGCAAAAACAAAAAGUCUAGUAAAUCAAACAAAAGCUUAGAAGAGGAGCCAAGCAACCGAUAUAGAAAGCGUGAUAUAGACCAGGAAAAAUGGUGAUUCAUUAUUAUUAUUAUUGAUGGUUAUAUUGCAAAUUGAAAAUUAUAAUUAAUCUAUUUAUUAAAUGUUUAUAUUGCUAAAUAUUAUCACUUACUCGCUAUUCGUUAUUUGUAACUAGUAUUUCUAUUGGACAAACAGAAGAAAAAAAUUAAGCAAAACAAGAAAUAUCGCUGGAAGCUUUACACACACAAGGACACAAAAAAAAGUCACUAAAAAGUGGUUUAGGAGAGAUGAAAACGGGAGCGCGUUUUAAUUAUUCGUAUAUGUUUUAGCUUGUUUUUUCGUUACUGCAAAAUACACACACACAGCAAGAAAAAAUGUAUAAUUAUGAAUUAUAUAUUUUUCACUUAUAAUCAAACGUUUACAUAGUAGCCAAUUAUUAACUCUUUUUAUUGUACACACGUUCAUCGAUUGAUUUAUAAAAUGCAAAAAAAAACAUAUUUAGUGUAGCCUUGAUUCUUUUAUACACAAACAAAUCAAACCCCUUUUACUUGUAGGCUUUUUAUACAUAUGUAUUCUAAACUAAUUAUUUUACAUUAAUUCCGCUCCGGGUUAUGUAAAAGCAAGAGUAAAACUAUGUUUUUUUCUUUAAAGUGUAUGGAAUAACCGCAUAGUUUAAGAGAGUUUCGUUUUGUUCGCCUUUCGACUUUUUCAAGUUACUUACAACAAAGUGAAAGAAGAAAAUAAUUGAAAAUAGUCGUGCUCAGAUCAGAUUGUUUUUGUUUCGUUUUAUAUUUACACACAACACAGACACACUCACACAUAAUGAAAAAAAAAGUUGAUUUUUAUUAAAUCAAACAAUAGUUUUGCAACACGCUGCUUGAUUAUUAUUUUUUUGGGUUUGUUCCAACAGGAGAGUUGAAAAACGAUUAAAACGUCCAGCGAAAAUAAACAGUGUGGCAGCACAAGUUCGCCACAAAACCAAUAGUUACUGUUACGUUUUAGAGAAAAAGGAAAGAGCGAGCGAAGGCAUAGACAAAGGAAAAAACAGAAUAAUAAUUGGCAAUUGAAGGUUAACAUGAGUAGUAGGGCAAACAAAUGAAAAGUUUCUCGUUUUAGAAGAGAUUGCGCUUACGAUGCUAGAGGAAGGAAACGGUUAGGAAAUUUGCUAGCAAAUUUGCUUCUUUUUAAUUUUUUAAACUAAGAUCGGUGUGUGACGGAGAGACAAAAACGUACUAGAAAACACAGACACAGAAAAACACAACACAAAAAUUCAAACAAGAUCGCGUCACUCGAAGACUCAAAAUUAUUUACUCUAGAGCAA